AUGGGCAAUAUUGCCAGCCGUCUCGAUGAAGCCGGAAGCUUGUUCUUCAAGGAUCAGAACAGAUUCUCGAUCGCCUCCAUCACUAUAAGCAACUCCAGGCGUCGUCUCCUCACCCUUUCCCCUAACGCAUUUCCCGCCGUGAGAUACAUAGCCAAACGAGAUACAGGGGAUGAUGCUCCAAUCGAAUAUAUCCAGGACCCCGACGUCCCCCCUACCGCUCCAGCACCGACUUUCUUGCUACGCCUAGCAAACGACGAUGAACUAAUUUUCAACUUCACAUUCAUCCUCCGUCAAACACAAACAGGCAACGCUACGGGCUCUACUGUGAACGGCGUCGCAACCUCUCUGCCAGAGGUGACCGACACUGUUCUGAAUGGGCUUACGUUCGCGCAUGCGUCAAACUCCAAAGAACUUGACAACCUCAUUACAAGAGAAUUCCACGCGAACCCAAACCUUCAAAAUAACUCCAACGUUCAGCUUAUCGGCGACUUCUCUACAGAUGGCACACCGUCAGUGUCAUUCGAGUGGUCUUGGAGAUGGAAGCCUCCCAAGGGAAUCGAAGACAAAGGCGGCGGUUGGCGAAACAGCUGUAGCUUGCUGGACUAUGACCAAAGAACUAAUCGCUUGAACACCCUCGCGCACUUUUCUUUCUGGGUUCAUAACUCAGUGCGCCUUAUACUAAGCCCGCAGAUGUCGUCACCCAAUCUCGAGUUACCCGUUCCUCCUCGCAGUCGCGUUCCUUCUGCUCAGUCCACCGUUUCUCAUUUCAGCGACUCCGAGAGUACACAGAAAAUAUCACAUUCUACCACGCCACCUGAUACAGCUGAUGGAGCUCCUCCUCCCCCAACACAACCCCCGCCGCCGCCUCCCGUCAAAGUCGACUUGCCACACUCCCGGCCUGGCGAUGAUAUGAAUGGGGUAGACGAUGGGCCACUCUUCCGAGCUACCAUGAAAGCUCUGGAGCAAAAAACGGGCAACAUGCGGACAAAAAUUAAGAAACUCUUGAAGAAAGCCGAGGCUGCUCAGCAGACCCAAUCGUCUUGCAAUGAGUCUAUGGAGGCUUUCUUGAGCUCUUUGAGUGAUGCUUCGACAUCCAACGGCAAUGCCAUUCAGCCUGCAUUGGACCAUUACUUUGAGAAAAUCGCUCGCCAAAUCCUGACCUAUGAGCAGUUGAAUACUCUGCAAUUGCAGAAGCUAGUCAUCGAACCACUCAUAAAACUCUAUCAAAAUGAUAUCAAACAAGCUGAAUCAAAGAAGAAGGAAUUCGAUGAAGAGAGUCGUGACUAUUAUGCCUAUGUCAGCCGGUAUCUUGGCCAGCGGCAAGACUCACUGAAGGAGAAGAAGCGGGUCGAAAGCGACUCGAAAUACCAGGCUAAGCGCCGCAACUUCGAGCUGAAACGAUUUGACUAUUCCUCUUUCAUGCAAGACCUUCAUGGCGGGCGCAAGGAACAAGAAGUGCUCUCCCACCUUACCAAGUACGCCGAUUUUCAGGCCAAGAAUUUCUUGGCAGUCGCCAAGAAGAUCGAAGAGAUGGUCCCUCAGCUGGACGCCCUCAUACAUGAGGUAAAUGAGGUUGACAAAGAGUUUCAGUUCAAGCGAACUGAGCGAGAAGAGAAACGGCGGGCUUUGGAAAAGAACAGCAACACAUACCUUGAGCCUGAUGCCCUGGCUACUGCAGGUAUUUCAAGUCCUACCGGGCCUGCCAAUGGAGGCGGCUCUACGGAAGUCGAGUUGGGCCGGGCCGAUAGCACGAGCUCUCAGAUCCGUGGUGUUAUCAGUAAUAGUUCAUCAAUCUCGUCUCAGGCAAACGCUGGGUCGGUCACAUCGACAGCUGGCGUUGGUAGUGGCAGUGGCGGGGGCGGCGGCAACGGCUCUGCAACUGUAGCCAACGCAGGGCCUGCGGGCACAUCAAACCAGAAUCGCUUUAAGGGAAUUCGCGACCUCGAGGAGCGAGAAUCUGUUGGGUCUGAUCGUACUGAUGGCCAACAACGAAAGGAAGGCCUUCUAUGGGCUCUUUCACGCCCUGGAUCCCAUAUUGAUCCAAAGGGCAUCAACAAGCAAGCUUGGCACAAGUUCUGGAUCGUGUUGGACCAGGGGAAACUUUCGGAAUAUAGCAACUGGAAACAGAAGUUGGACCUCCAUAUGGAUCCCAUCGACCUUCGUAUGGCAUCCGUUCGCGAAGCUCGAAAUGCUGAGCGACGAUUCUGCUUUGAAGUGAUAACACCUCAGUUCAAACGAGUCUAUCAGGCCACAUCUGAGGAGGACAUGGGGAAUUGGAUUCGCUCCAUUAACAAUGCUUUACAGAGUGCAGUGGAAGGUCGAGGUAUCCCGCAUGCUCCUCCUGCAUCAUCUAAGAAUGAGUCAUCGACAGGUCGUGAUAUCGGUUCUGUCUUAACAGGGAAAAGCUCGUCAGUGUCUGGUCACCAUUCAUAUUCUAGUGGUUCCAGUGGUGCCGGAGUAACUCGCCGCACUACCGUUGGAGCACGACCCAGCUACGUGCGCCAUGAUAGCAACAGCUACGAAGAUAACCCUUCACAACUUCUACAAGCCGUGCGUGAUGCAGAUGAAGGAAACAAUUGGUGUGCCGACUGUGGGUCUUCCUCGAAGGUUGAAUGGGUGUCGAUAAACCUCGGAAUUGUUCUCUGCAUUGAGUGCAGCGGUAUCCACCGUUCUUUGGGAACACAUAUUUCGAAGAUUCGGUCAUUAACGCUUGACGUGCACUCAUUCUCAAAUGACAUUGUUGAAAUUCUUUUGCAGAUUGGAAAUCGGGUGAGCAACAUAAUUUGGGAGGCGACACUGGACCAAUCACUCAAACCGAGUGCAGGUUCCACAAGAGAGCAGAGGCUGAAGUUUAUAACGGCUAAAUAUGUCGAUCGACUCUAUGUUGAACCGUUACCAUCUCCCCGAUCUCGGUUUGCGACUCCUGAUGAAACUCUUCUUGCCUCUAUCAAACGGAAUGACAUUCAAGGUGUCCUAUAUGGAAUUGCACUGCGGGCCAAUGUCAAUGUUCCAGACCGCUCUCGUAACACACAUGCUGUGUUUUUGGCUCUUGCUGCGGCCGAUCCUGCUUCUCCGGGCUCCACUUCCACCGGUCUCUCUGCUCGAUCUAACGCAAAAGCGAUACCAUUCCCUGUUGCCGAACUGCUGGUUCAGAACGGCACGGAGAUCCCCCCACAACCCCCUUCUAUUCCUCUCUCUCCUGCCGCCCAACUUUACCUCAGCCAGCGAACUGCGAGGAACACUGCUUUCAGUUCGCCCGCACCUCCCGCCUUUUCUGGAAAGGCUGCUCCUAGUGAUACUCUUGGGUCGCUCCCCACUAUUCGGGGGUCAAGCAGGGAUAGCUCUGCCUCAUCCGGGUCCCAGGCUCCUAACCAAGUCGACUCCAAGGAAAAAGAUAAGCUUUCUAAGCGAGGAAGCGCCGGCGCUCGAUUCGCAGGGAAAGUGGCAUCUCUCGGGAUUGACCGAUAA